GUGAAGCACCGUUAUGGGGUCCCUCGUGGCCGGAAUAGAUGCGCGUGCGCAGUGUGCGCUAGCGCGGCGCCGCGGACACUGGUGUGUGAUGCGAAUGAUUUUACCAGUCCAUUUGUGAUAAGUUGUGAUGGCUCUUUGGAUAGUGUUGUUUUUGGGGGUGUUUGGUUUACGUUGGCAAGUAAGCUGUGAAACUAGUAAAUAUGAUAACCACACAUUAAUAAGUAUAUAUCCUCACACCGAAGCCCAGCUAAAAGUCGUUACCCAGUUCCACGACCCUGAGAAUGCAGUGGAAAUUCUUAAAGCAAGCCGAGGACUUAAUGACAGCCUGGAUGUUCUGGUACCACCGAACAGGGUCGGAUAUGUCCAGCAUUACGCAAAACAAUCGAAUUUAUUGUUAAAAGUUAAACAGAAGAAUUAUGGCAGGUUAUUAGAGCCCGUGGAGCGAAUGCCGAGAAGACGAAUUUUGCGGCCCUUUAGCACCAGUGAAUAUAAUUCGUUUUCAGCUAUACAAGACUAUUUAGAGAACGUAGCGAGGAGACACUCGGACAUAGUAAAGUUGCAAACCCUAGGCACAAGCUACCAAGGCCGUUUGAUGAAACUGGUUAAAAUAUCCACGAAUCCCAACGCUGGAAAUCCUAUUAUAUUUGUAGAUGCAGGCAUCCACGCGAGAGAAUGGGUCGCGCCCGCAAUGGCUCUAUACAUAAUACACCGGCUCACGAACGACCCUGAAGCGAGACAAAAGGACCUGAAUGGUGUGGACUGGUACAUACUGCCCGUCGUCAACCCCGAUGGCUACGAGUAUACGAGAUCCAGCAGAAAUAAUCGUAUGUGGAGGAAGACGAGGUCCAAAAACGCCAACUGCUAUGGCGUCGACGGCAAUCGAAACUAUGGCUUCAAGUGGGCUGUGAGUGGAAUAUCCAAGAACCCUUGCGACAAAGAGACUUACGCUGGACCGAAGCCAUUCUCCGAACCAGAGACGCAAAUGGUUAGGAACAUCAUGAUGGAGAAUGCAAAGAGACUUAAGCUUUACGUAUCAGUACAUUCUUAUGGACAGUACUUGGUCUACCCUUGGGGAUAUACCGGAGAUUUUCUCCCUAAGGAAUGGAAGAAACUGGAUUCUUUAGCUAGAGCGGUCUCAGAUGCCGUGAAGAGAGCUGGCGGGAAGCCUUUCAGGGUGAUGAGUGCUGGGAAGUGGUACCCCGCUGCGGGAGGCAGCGAUGACUUCGCUUUUGGUGCCGUCGGAGUGCCUUAUUCUUAUACCAUGGAAUUGACAGACGGCUAUGAAUUUGUGUUCCCAGAACGUCUUUUAACCAACGUGUUGCCGCAGUUUUACGAAGGUUUCAGAGUGUUCGGUACUCAGAUCAGAAACGAGUUCAGGGUCUGAAUGAUCCAAGUAUAAUUCGUUAUAUUGAAGACUGAAAUCUGGUAUUAUUUUGAAAAUGCGAAUAAUAAAUUUGGUUGAAAUCA